GGCUGACCAACAAAUACUUGAUAGCCAAGCUUACAUUCUUCAUCCCGGACCAAGUUGUUUAAAUUAUACAAAAAGAUAGAGGUUUGCACAUCAUCUGCAUAUGUGCAGAGGAAGAAUCAUCAACGACAUAUGGCUUGUUGCAUUAAUGCGCAUCCUAGCUGUUUGAGCAGUGAUUGUGAAACUUGCUUUAUAUCUUCACAUAAAGGUCUUUGUUUUCCCUCAUUCUUUCCUCACUUGAAAAUAGAAUUGACCAUAAUAUAUCAUUUUAAUAGAAUAAGUAACAUUGGUUGUCCUAGGUACUACAUUCUAUUGACAUUUUAUAAUAUAUCCCUCCUAAUAAUGUAAGCAAUUCUUUCAAGGGUCAUCCCAUGACUGCAUCACCUACACUGCUUAACUCUACUUUUUCUGACAUUUCCAGACCCAUGUACUUAGAGGACUAGCUGGCAUUUUAAAACCGCUAAUUUGUGCAACAACAUUGAUGGACUGUUGGAUCAUGACCGUUACUUUGGCCCCUUUCCAUCAGUUUUGUUCUUUGAACUGCGUACUAGCUCAACCAAUUUGCCACUAUGUUGAGACAGGAGAGGUUUGCAUUGGUUGUAGCAAUGUGCAUUCUAGCUGUUGGAGCAGUGAUUUUGCAACUUGCUUUAUAUCUUCACAUAGAGAUAGGUUGGUGGCGGGUCUCCUGGUUCCCACUGUAUUACUGCAUAUACCCUCCCCCUUCACCGAAGAAUCUCUCAUUACCUGCGAUUCCUGACUUCUCCGUGCGCACUCUCUCACUUCCGAUUUUUCUCCUUUUACCCAAAUUCAACAGCCCUCCCUCGGAUCCCUUUUUUUUCAAUGUACGUCUAGGAAACCCUAAUGCAAUCCGGAGUUCCCCUUCUUAUGAAGAGAAUCGACUGUCACAUUCAAUUACUGAAAGCAUGAAUUGAUUGAUGCAUUAGGAAGGUACACCCAUCACCCACGGAUGGAGCUUAAUUCUUGAUUCUGCCAAGGCAGGAUUUUUCCAAGUCAACUUCGAAUUAUGCAUCUGCCUAGGGCAACAAUGCUUGAUUUUUCUCAAUGGGAUGGAUGCCUUAAUGCCUCAGGUAAGAUAUGCCAAUUCCAUUUUAUUAGUUUCUGUUAGUGUUCCUUUUUGUGUGUCUGUGCGCGUGCAACUCAAUUAAUUAAUCAAUUGGAAGGAAAGCCUUGCUUUAUAAACCUUGCCGAAACCCCCUUCCCCUGGUUUUUCCUUAAAACCAUUGGUCAUCUUUUUGAUAUCUUAUUAAGAAUACCUUAUUGGCAUAAGGUUAUUGUUACUGUGCAAGAAUUCUUCAAUAGAAUCAUACAUGGAUA